AAAUGCUGCUGCUGUAGCUCUAGGUUACAUGACCUUCAACAAGACAGCCUACCGUCUGCUGUUCUCUCUCUGUCGCAACAUGCCAGGGCUGUUUGAGAAGAUCAUGGCCAAUAUGGGAGAGUAUCCUCGUAUCUCCGAGACCUUCAUUCAUGAGUUCAAGAAAGCAACAGAAAUUGGCAUCCCAUGUCAUUU